AUGAAAAUCAAAACAAUAAGUCGAUCAUCAGAUAAUUAUGUUCCUGUGCGUAAUACUCAAGAAUCGAAUUUACCAAGAAACUUAAAUCCAGAACUUCAUCCAUUUGAAAGGGCAAGAGAAUAUACUAAGGCAUUAACUGCUACAAAGAUGGAACGUAUGUUUGCGAAGCCUUUUGUUGGACAAUUAGGUAAUGGUCAUAGAGAUGGUAUUUAUACAAUAAGUAAAAAUUUCAAAGCUUUGAAUAAAUUAGCUACAGGUUCUGCAGAUGGUGUUAUCAAAUAUUGGGAUUUAAGUACAUCAACUGAAUUAGCAAGUUUCAAGGCGCAUUAUGGACAAGUUACAGGGACCGCAGUGACACCAAAUGGGUUAUUAUUAUCAAGUGGUGACGAUAAAACAGUCAAGUUAUGGUCAGUUAAUACUGAUGAGUUUACAGAUGAUGAUGAAAACCAUGUCACUAAGAAAGGUUUAUUGAAGACAUAUUUAGGAGAACAUUCAUUUCAAAGUUUGGAUCAUCAUAGAGAUGAUGCAAUUUUCGUUACAGGUGGUGCGGAAAUUCAAUUAUGGGAUGAAUUAAGAUCAAGACCAAUUUCAAAUUUAUCAUGGGGUGCAGAUAAUAUAACAAAAGUUCGUUUUAACAAGACCGAGACUUCCAUAUUGGCAAGUGCUGGAUCUGAUAACUCUGUGGUUUUAUAUGAUGUUAGAACAAAUACACCAACACAAAAAUUAGUACAGACAAUGAGAACUAAUGCUAUUGAAUGGAAUCCAAUGGAGGCUUUCAAUUUUGUUACAGCUAAUGAAGAUCAUAAUCUAUAUUAUUACGAUAUGAGAUAUAUGAAGAAGGCAUUAAACGUUUUCAAAGAUCAUGUUGCUGCAGUUUUAGAUGUUGAUUUUUCACCAACUGGUCAAGAAAUUGUUAGUGGAUCUUAUGAUAAAACUAUUAGAAUUUUCAAGACAAAAGAGGGUCAUUCAAGAGAUAUUUAUCAUACAAAGAGAAUGCAACAUGUUUUCCAAGUUAAAUAUUCAAUGGAUUCCAAAUAUAUUUUAAGUGGUUCGGAUGAUGGUAAUGUUCGUCUUUGGAGAUCAAAGGCAUCAGAACGUGCUACUGUUAAAUCUUCGAAAGAAAGAUCUAAAUUAGAAUAUGAUGAAGCAUUGAAAGAAAGAUUCAAACAUAUGCCAGAGAUUAGAAGAAUUUCUAAACAUAGACAUGUGCCAAUUGUUGUUAAAAAGGCUAAAGAAAUUAAAGAUGUUGAAAUCCAAUCAUUGAAGAGAAGAGAGGAAAAUGAAAGAAGACAUAGUAAACCAGGUUCAAAACCUUAUGUUAGCGAAAGAUCUAAACAAAUUCUUAAUACUGCUUUCAAAGAAGAUGAAGGUGAUAAAUAG